UCCAGGGCAUGAUCCUUGAGGAGGGACAAGCCAGUUCUGGCAAUUCUGGAAUCAUGGCUCAUAGUGAGGUCAUGUUCAGGGAUGUGACUGUGGACUUCUCUCAGGAAGAGUGGGAGUGCCUGAAUUCCUCCGAGAGGGAUCUGUACAAAGAUGUGAUGCUCGAGAACUACAGCCACCUGGUGUCACUGGGACAUUCCAUUUCUAAGCCAGAUGUGAUCACCCUGUUGGAACAAGGGAAAGAGCCCUGGAUGAUUGUGAGGGAUGAGAAGAGAAGGUGGAGCCAAGAGCUGGAAUCCAGAUAUAGCAGUAAAGUGUUAUUUCAAGAAAAGAAUACUUACGGAAUUAAUUUAUCUCCGUGGGAAAUAAUGGAAAGAAUGAAAAGGUAUGGCCUUGAAGAUUCCUUUUUGUGUAAAGAGUUUGGAUAUAAAACGUCUGAAGAACAGGAGAGUUCAAACAGGGCGUGUUUCAGACAAGGGACAAAAUCCGCCCCUGGAAAAAGACCUAUGCACAGAAAACGCUCAUCUGUCGGUCUCUACAGUGCGCGCACCUCAGCCGCCACCAGAGGACCCACGCGUCCGACAGGCUCUAUGAAUGUAAGAAAUGCACCGAGGUCUUCCCGUGCAGCUCGGACCUCCGGGGACAUCAGAGAAGCCACACUGGCGAGAAGCCCUAUGCAUGUGAAGAGUGUGGGAAGGCCUUCCGAGAUCCACACCGGGGAGAAGCCUUACGAGUGUAAGGAGUGCCAGAAGUUCUUCCGCCGUUACUCGGAGCUCAUUUCCCACCAAGGCAUCCACGUUGGGGAUAAGCCCUACGACUGCCAGGACUGUGGCAAGGCCUUCAGGCUGUCCUCGCAGCUGACUCAGCACCAGAGCAUCCACGUCGGUGAGAAGCCCUACAAAUGCCUGGAAUGUGAGAAGACUUUAGUGUACGGAGUGUGA